UGUUGUUGUUGUUGUUGUUGUUGUUUUCGGUAUCAAUUCAUUCCAUGCGGCAAUAAUGCCCUCGGGAAUGGUUUCUUUGCAGAUUUAUUUUGUAUAAUAGUAGAUUUAUUCAAUAUUUUAAUUAAUCAUCCUUUAUCACUGAGACUGUUUCUUUAAAAAGAAAAUGCUCCGAAUUCGUCCCCAGUCCUCCAUUGGGCUUCUUAUCCUAAUUACUAUCGGCUACACAAACCUGGUUUACAUUCCUUGAACUUGUGGGGAAUAACUGAAUAAUUUACAGUCUCAUGCAAACUCCUCCCCGUUUUGAUUUUGUUUUCCACUGUUGCCCCCAUAGCUUGAAUUCUAACAUUUCAGUUUUCUAGUAGUUUGCCAUUAUAGGAGUACCAAUUUUAAUGUGUAUCAGCCAACCACGAAGUUGCAAAUAAGAUAAGUUGUUUGAGAUAUUGUUUUUACUGUGCAGCUAGAUUAAUACGGGCGUUUCACAACAGUGCGCCUCCAAGAGUUUGCAGCGCGUUGACCUAUCACAGUGCGCGACUUCUGUCGACCCAGUGUGCGUUUGUCAAUAGUCGACAGAUUUCACGAACCGUGAUUGGUCAACGUGUUGCAUUGCAAACUCUUGGAGGCGCACUGAUGUGAAUCGCCCGUAUUAACUUUAACCAUACAAUAAUAAGUUAAGUAGCUUAUGUGCGUAUGCCUCCAUUCUUUUCCUGUGUUCUUGACGGUUUCGCUUCUACACAAUAUGUGAUGGAGUUAGGAAGAGAAAAAAUUAAUAAAACAACUGUGGUGUAAGACUAUUGCACUAGUCGUGACGUAACGUACUUUUCCGACAAGGCCGCGGCCGCAAUGACUGAAAGAAAAAAAUCCAGAAAUGCUCCACAAAAGUGCGGUGAAAGUUCUGCUUCUCUACUGUUCCUUAAAAUGAUGUACAUGUACACAUGAUUGAAGAAUUUCUCCUCCAUGCACGCUUUAGUGGCACUGCGGCAGAAUAUUUUCAAAUGGGGAGGGGGAGUACUCGUCAGACCAUCACGAGGCAUCCAGGAAUAGACCCAUGCAUGAAGCCCCCACCAAGAUUGGGGGUAACCUCGAUUGAAAAAUGUGAUUGGCCCAGUGCAUGGGUGCGCGUAUAGGCCCCCACUAGGUAUCUCGGCAGUACCACAGCCACCAGUUUUCGAUCAUAGCUGUCGGCGAAAUGAUCGGCAUCGUCUUGUUGGUACAAUCACGUCCAAACAUCUCGUUUAAAAGCUGCAGGCCACGAUGAUAAUGCUUGGGCCCCCUCCCCGCAAUCCGCCUCGUUUUAGUCGUCAGAAUCUGAAAUGGUGAAACGUAUCUGAUUAGUGUAAGAAAUGAUCGGCAUUGGUUGGUGCAUUGCAUGCUCCUGUGAGAAGAAAUAUUUACGUUUAUUAAUAUUGCGCCCUCUAUUGACAAAAAACCGAAUCGCCCAAUCCCGCAGUUUGAGAGCGCCCACUUUUUAUUGAUACAUUGUCGUCACCUCAAGGUGAACACUGAAAACAAGAAUAGCACACUUAGGCGCCGCUACCGGUAUUGGAUUAAUGCAGAAAUCUGACAAUUAUACAGACGCCGUUCCCUCGCUUGGAGUGGCUUCGUCGUUCAAGUUGAACGCUGCAAAUCAUUGAUUUUUUCUCGUCUUGCAAACCCGUUCAGUCCUUUAUGGUCAGGAAAAGGUAGACGCUGGAAAAUGUCUGAACAAAAAGAUCCAGCCUACCCCCCUGAUCAGCCCUACCCCACCCAGCCCUCGGCCCCGGGCUAUUCCCAGCAGCAGGGCUACUCCUCACCCCCGGCCUACCCAGCCCAGCAGGGCUACGUCCAGCAGGGCUACCCGGCACAGCAGGGCUACCCAGCACAGCAGGGCUAUCCACAGCAGCAGCAGCAGGGCUAUCCUCAACAACAGCAGGGCUACACCACCCAGACCUAUGUGCCCCAAGCCGUCUACACGCCGCAGGGGCAAGUGACCAUCAAGACGGGCGUCCCCCAGCACCAAGCCAUGGUCCGGACUGAGGUCCUGACCCAGCCCAAUGACUAUAUGUGCUUAUCCAUCUUCGUCAUGCUGUUCUGCUGUCUCCCAUUUGGUAUCAUCGCCCUCAUCAAGUCCAUGGACGUGCGCAGUCUGGUGGCAGCCAACGACUAUGCGGCUGCCGCCAGGGCCUCCAAGUCGGCCAAGAACUGGAAUGUGGCCGGUCUGGUAACUGGACUCAUCAUAGAGGUGGUAGCCCUCAUCAUCCUGAUUGUCUGGGUGGUGGUGUUCGGCAGCGCGGUGGCCAGUGUAAGCGACUACAUGUAUGAUAGCUUCGCAGACUUUGACGGGAAUUACUAGUUGGUCCUUCUUUGAGAGAACAGCUGUUUUUAGUUUGGGUUUUUGUUUUCUCAGCAUUUUCCAUGAGUUGUGGGAAAGUAAUAGUUUUUGAUUCGAUUUUUUCCCCUCUUUGUUUUUUUAUCUUAUUUUCGGUUCUUUUUAUUUUGCAACAUGUGAUUUGAUAUCUUUGACAAUAAAGACGUAUCCAUGCAGGGUCAGAUCACGGUUCCUCAAAAAAAUACAGAAAUAAGAAGGAGACGGUUUCCCUUCGUGUUUCCUCGUAUUCCUGUAUUUCCAUAAAUCUUGAUCCGUCCUCGCUCCUGCGACAUUUAAGCUUUAUUAUUUUUGUUAAGCUUUGUUCUUUUUUUUUUUUAAAUAUGUUUAUCUUUUAUGUGAGAGUUAGCGAAAAGGAUUGCAACAGAGGUUCUGUUGCACAAGUAAUCAGAUCAUUAACCCUAACAAUUCCACAUCCUCCGAUUUCAGUAUGAUUUUACAUACACCCUAGGGGGUUAGGAUUAAUCAUGUGCUCAGAUAUCGUAGGGUGUUUGCGUGCAAUUCAAACACUGAUUCUUCGCUUUUAUUGACCCCUAUUUAUUUUCUCGUCUGCAGGGCCGUUCAAAAGAACAAACGAGCCCAAGUUUAAGGUGACUGUUCUCCCACAUCCUGCAAUUCAGAGAAUUUGCAGUUUACCCAGUGUUGAUGAGUAAGGAGUUCGGCACUAAGCCACAAAAGAUCGCAGUGUACACGUCUUCAUUUUGUUCGAUCAUGCUGGUGAGCAGUGAAGCUGCUGCAAACAAACCAGUCUCGUACAUGCCAUGUCGGGUUUUUUUUUUUUUUUUCAGGAUUAUUGCUAAGCAGCCUACUCAUCAAGGGUGUGGGUGAAGCAGCACACUUGUUUGAUGUUUCUGUGUUGAUUGUGUUGGUUUGAACUCAGAGAUCGUAUAGCGCCGAAGGCGCAGGAUGGAUAACUCUGCCCAAAAGAUGUAAUUACCAUGGGCGCCAUUUGAGCAAGCGGUACGCCUGUGCAGUUUACAGUAAUGCUUGGCCGCAGGCUCACCAGGUGCACGUGGCUGCCGCGGCACCUGUGCAGUAAUGUGCGUUGCUUGCUCAAAUGGCGCCUAUGCGAUUACAACGUUUUACGUGUAUUCACGGUGAAGUUCGCCAUCUUGCACCGCUUUGCGAUGCUAUACGAUCUUUGUUUGUACUGGAGUUUAUUGUACAUGUACUAAUAUGUAAACAUGAUUACGUAUGUACUCGUAGAAUGUAAAUUAUUGUUUAUGUGGCAGUGCAAUCUUACUGUAUAUUUCCACUGUUUUAUUUUCAUGGGUUACCGGUAGCUCACAGUGCCAAAUAAUUUUCACCUGUCAUCCCCUGGUUUGGAUGUCUUUUUAAAGAGAAAAUUCACCGAUAUCAACUCCGAAAUCCUGUAGUUCACAUUCUGGCAUCUCAUGAAGAGGAGAGCGGCGGGAACGGUUGGGUACGUGCAGCUGCCGGCCCACGUUCCAAUCGGUGUCAAAUGAUUUCUGGGGUAUUUUUUGAAAGUCUGUAUUUUGUGAAAUGUUAUACACUGUAAGUCUGCCAGCGGUCAGUGACGUUUUAAAAACCAAAUAUUAUCGCCACGUGCGAGGCACUGCGAAGCUCCACUUUUGCCAGUCGUGUUUUUGAUACAGAGUAGUACGUGUGUUUUUGCCUCGUGUGUACAAAGUGUAAACUUGCCUAGUGUUGGAUAGGUAUUCAUCCCCUCCGCCCUCCUUUGGUGCACAAAGGAGUGUUAGAGCGCCCUCUGUAUACACAUGCAUCACUCUGCCGUGUGCCAUCAGCAGGCAUGAGGUGAAGUUUGUUGUCGGAUUGGUGCUGUGUAAUUUUAGUUUGUUAAAAAACUAUGCCAGUAGUCUCAGUCACGGGACUUCUCGUGGAUCGGAAAGCCACAUUGGCACAUUGCUAACAAUAUCGGCGAUUCACAGUAGUGCGCCUCCAAGAGUUUGCAACGCUUUGGCUAAUCACAACACGCAAGAGCUGUCGACCUGCUCCGAAUGCACAUUGGGUCUGCAGAUUUCACGCAUCAUCAAAGGCCAACGCAUUGCAAACGCUUGGAGGCACGCUAUUGUGAAUCGCCAGGCCGUACAGGAAAUUCAGUUUUUCUCUGUAGGUUUCUAAAAAACAACCUAGAAUUUGUUGCCAACAAGAACUUGUGCAAACCUCUUAAUUUGAUUUUGAUUUUUUUUUUUAAUGAUUUUUAUCGUUUUGUUUCAAGUUGUAGGUUCAUAGAAGAACUUGCAUGCACUUGUACUUUAUUUGGCGAUUGGAAGGACUGUUUAUGAACAUCUGCUCUGAUGUCGAGCACGAGGGAGAUUUUCCUCGUUCUCGGCGCCGCACAAGGCGGUGGAAUGAAGUGACGCACGCCGGGGUGGGGGGGGUCUGGGAAGGCCGAGCCCAAAGCGAUAGAUGGAUUCCCCAUUGUUGGGAUGUGCUAAUUUCGUCGAGGUCGAGGUGUGCGACGUCAUCGCCACAAGCCCGCAUUGGGGAAAACUUUAUUCGGACAAAAAGGAGAAUUCCUUUGAAGAAAAACAGGGGUCGACAUGUGCGCGUGAAAUGUCCGUGCUGUGCAUGCCAUUGAUCUCCGUUAUAAUGGACAUCAGUGGUAUUUGUAUAAGGUGCUUCAGAAAUUUGCAGUCGGCAUCCCAGAAUGCUUUGCGGUGUCUGUACUUCACUUUGAAGUGAUUAGUCCACCCUAGCGACCUGAAUUGGCGGUUAGAACGAGUGAAGCCUGAGGAGUUUUUAAACAUGAGGUUUUCUAUGGUUACUCGUGAUGGGCGUGAAAGGGGUCUGAUGAGAGGAAAGAAAAUCGUUUUUAGUACCUACUUUUAAAAUCUAAACAGAUAUUUGUAGAAAAGCUAUAAUAUACCAAGAAAGUAAAUAUUUUAUAGUUACAAAGUGGUUCUGAAUUUAUCAUGUUAACUCACCAUUCAUGUACAUUGUCUUUUAAACUAAAUUUAACGAGUAUUAGACGUCAUGUAUUCCGUUUCGUGGUAUUCACGCGUUUACGCAUUGUGUAUUUAAGUAAAACCACUAUACGAUGAAAGAACUACAAGCAAAAUGUACGUUGAUAGUGCCUAAAGAUACAGUAAUGCUUUGAUUUUCUAUUUAUCUUGUGUACAAUCCCAUUUCGCACAUUAUAUACGUACUAAUGUAUACAUGUAAACGUACUUUUGCAUCACGUUUAUUCGAUUUAUAUCAUUCGAGUACACGGACCUGUAGCGUGGUUUUGAACGGGGGAAGACACUUGUCCAGUUUCUGCUAAACAUUAAUUGGGAAGAAAGCCAUCUUUGUAGUGGCAUUCAUGUCGCCCCCUGCCGAUGUCGGAAGCUCAGUGGCUCAGUAUUCCAACAGCGCAUUCCUUGUAGGCCUAAAUGAAGCCCAUGGGAGGUCUGGUCAUUCAGGAAGUAGCAAUACGCUCGCGUGAGGAUCACCUUAUCAUCGCGGCCAUAUUCCUGACGCGUGCGCACGCGCCCUUUGCUCUCGUAUGACCUUACUCAACCUCAUUCCUAGGGUACAAUAUUGCCGCGCCACGCUGGUUCCCAACAUGCCUUGCGCGAUCUUGACCUCUGGUAUUGUAUAAUUUAUAUAUUCUAUUAUUUGGAAGAUUUAAAUUAGAAUGUCGAUGUGUUUAUGUGAACUGGUUUAUUCCAUGUUGGAUCAGUGGCAGCCGUGUAACUUCGGGUCUUCGCUGGAAGGGCUGAUGGCCUUGCACAGAUUUUAGUGAAGGAAAUGCGUCACGCUGGGUCACAGCCAGCGACGCGCAGAGCGUUGUCGGUAAAUGUCUGCUAGGCGCGCGAGCUCGCUCGCUCGAUGUGGCGGUUAUCAAUUCGAUAUUUUUCCUUUCUUCCUCAUUGCUGACAAUAUUCUCACUGCGCUUUAUUAGUUCAUGCAGACUUGAUCAAGAUAACCAGUGAUUUCAAAUAUAUCGCCGAAAAGACACGAGCAUGGUCAAUGAUAAUUACCAAUGGUAAAUUACCGUGAUUGUACUAAGGUCAAGUUCUUAUUAUGUAAGCGGACACCUUGACCGCACCUGUGCCGAAGCAUCGCCACUGGCGAACCAAAAACUCAAAAUAACGCUUCCCAAAAGAAUUUGUGAUAACGUCGCGGUUGGAGGUUGUGUACAAUCUAGCCAAUCACAGUGCAAAGCCAACAGCCCUUCCCCCAGCGCCCUGUUCAGGCGCUGGGUAACGAGCGAACUUCGAGUCUUCACAGGAAACACGUAUCGAUGCUGUUUAUUGAAGAAAAAAAAGUUGACGUUGCCGUCCACGGAUGAAAUGGUUAAAGUCAAAGGUCAGAUGGGAAAUGGCCUCUGAGUAGUGUCACAUCACUCACAGUUGUUCUUGGUUUGGACCGUGCAUUCCAGCUUCCAUGCACGGGGCAACCCGGAUGUCCGUGUGUACCUAUAUCAAGUAAGCGAGACCGUGGAGACGAGGUUGAAUCUACGGAAGUUACUCUGCGAGUUGCUCUUUCACAUUCUGGUCAGUGUUGAACACGAAAGAUGAAGUGCCACAUUAAAGCUUUUGUGUCUGCCCACUACCGAAACUUCGAUUCGACAGUUGACAUGGAGAAUACACUACGUCUGCCUGAAUAGCUCACUCACACAACAAGGUUGGCGUUACCAGGGGAAUAACCUGGUAAUAACCAGAACAUUGUGGUGAAAAGACUGGAAAAAAUGAGGAGAAACAAAAGACCGAGAGAUGACGAUCGUCAGCAUUUUCCCCCAAGGUUGUGUUUCACGACAUUGAACAGCUGUCAUUCUAUAACGAGAGUUUUAAUACUGAAACUCAAAAUAUAGAUAGUCGCAUCUAUAUGUUAUGGUUUUAUCAGAAUAAAACCACACUGUAUGGUUUCUCAUUGUGAGUCAGUUUUUCUUGUAGGGUUAAAUGUUAAGGUCUUUGUUUCCUCUGAAAUUGAAACCAGGAAAGAAAUGACAGGAAAGCGGAAUGUAGGCCUAGACUCUGAAAUCGAUGGAUGGUUGUGUUUCUGUACUUCUGUGGAUGCACUUUUUUUAAAGGUAUAUUUAGUUUACACCAGGGAGCCAUUUUCAUGGAGCUUCAAAUGUUCUGUAGUCAGAAAAGUUCUCAGCGACUGUUAAAAUCGCUUGGAAAAUUCUUACAGGAUGGGCAUCGCUUGGUAUGUUGGUGACGUGCUCGUAUGUCUGACGCCAACAUUUCAUAUUCACUGCAAAAAGCUGGUGUUAAAAGUCCACGCUGGCAGUCUUCACUAGUAGUGGUAAAUAUUUGGUGUAGUAUCAACACUAGGUGUUACUUUUAACACCCUCCGGUACAUUGUAACGUAACUUACCCAUGUAGGUGUAUAAAGUAACACCAGCGGUGUUAACACCGUUUGAUGUGAUCAUCUGAUAACACCAACAAGUGUUGUUUUUGAACACCAGAGUUUUUGCAGUGUUCGGGUACAAAACAACCUUGUUAAAAAAAUACACGUAGGAUAGCUCUGCGACUAAUUGGUGCCAUUCUGUUGUUCUUAUCGUAGGUUGGUCUCGGGUGGAGCCUUUGCGUGUAAUAAUCCUGUUUUCUAUAGUGUUUUUAAAAGGUGUAACAAACUAUUGGAGAGUUGAGUUUGGCCUUUGUUGAACAGUAUGUAUGGAGAGUCGCUGUCAAAAACCUGGUGACUACAGGUUGGCUCAUUAUUGUGAAAUAAAAGGUCGUAAAAACAAUCAUUUGAAAU